AUGGACCAACGAAGACAGGAUGCUCUCAAGAGCUACCGGGAUAAAAUGCAGAGUCACGAGAACUCGAGUCAGAGUCUCAAGAAUCUGCGGUUUUCUUUGAAAGAUCUUGAGGCUGAAUACGCGAAGACCGAGGACGACAUCAAGGCCGUGCAGUCCGUUGGACAGAUUAUUGGAGAGGUCAUGAAACAACUAGAUGACGAACGAUUCAUUGUAAAGGCAUCGUCGGGACCUCGAUAUGUUGUCUCUUACCGUCCCGCCUUACCAGCAGAGAAACUCAAGACAGGCACACGAGUUUCUCUUGACAUGACCACCCUCACAAUCAUGCGUAUCCUGCCAAGAGAAGUAGAUCCUAUGGUUUACAAGAUGAGCUUGGAAGAUCCUGGAGGUGCAUCGUUCGCGGGUAUUGGUGGCUUGGGUGAGCAGGUACGAGAGCUGCGUGAGGUGAUCGAGCUACCGCUGCUAAGCCCAGAACUCUUCCUCCGGGUCGGUAUCAAACCACCCAAGGGUGUCCUCCUAUACGGUCCCCCAGGGACGGGCAAAACUCUCCUUGCCCGUGCUGUUGCAGCUACUCUCCAAACUAAUUUCCUCAAAGUAGUAUCUUCUGCUAUCGUCGACAAGUACAUUGGUGAGAGCGCACGAGUCGUGCGUGAGAUGUUCGGGUAUGCAAGGGACCAUGAGCCCUGCGUAAUAUUUAUGGACGAAAUCGACGCCAUCGGUGGAAGGCGGUUUUCGGAGGGUACCAGUGCGGACCGUGAGAUUCAGAGAACAUUGAUGGAGCUAUUGAACCAAAUGGAUGGUUUCGACUCCCUAGGACGGACAAAGCUCAUCAUGGCAACCAAUCGGCCAGACACUCUUGACCCUGCUCUCCUCCGUCCUGGUCGACUAGACCGGAAGAUUGAAAUUCCUCUACCGAACGAACAGGCACGACUAGAGAUUUUGAAGAUCCAUGCACAACCCGUGAACAAAAGCGGAUACAUUGAUUAUGAAGCAAUCGUGAAGCUCACGGACGCGUUCAAUGGUGCUGACCUGCGGAAUGUGGUGACAGAAGCAGGCAUGUUCGCUAUUAGGGACGACCGAGAAUACAUCGUCCAAGAAGAUCUCACUAAAGCUGCACGGAAGGUCAGCGAUGCUAAAAAGCACGAGACCAAGUUGGAGUAUUCUGCAUAG